AUGGUCGAACUGGACCUGGCGACCCCACAGCCAGUCAUCUUCUUGGCCGCUUUGGGCUUGGCGCUAGAUGGUGUACCGGCAAAAAUCAUCGCCACGAUCAAGGCCUACUAUCGCUCCACUACUGCGAGAGUCCUGGUCCGCAACAAUCUUUCCCAACCGUUCGGUAUUCGGUCUGACGUCCGACAGGGUUGUAUCCUGUCACCCAUACCGUUCAACUACGCUAUUGACUGGAUCCUUUUGAGGGCCCUGCGUGAGAGUGACGGUGUUGAAUUUGUACCCGGACAUCGGCUGACUGAUCUCGACUAUGCAGAUGAUAUCGCCGUACUUGCUUCAAGUUUUGGUGAUCUGCAGUCUAUGGUGUCACGAGUGAACGAGGUCGCUAAAUCGGUCGGUUUGUCCAUAAACGCUGGGAAGACCAAAGUGUUCUGA